AUGGCGUUGAACCUCGAGAAGCAGCUCCUCUUCGUGAACGUAGCGAUUCAUAUAACAUGUGUGCCGAUACUCUUAUUUACCGGCAUUGCAAUGGCAUCGAACUCCCCUCCUCUUAUCAAGUUACCUGAAGUCCUGCAAUUCGAAGACUUACCUCCGAACAUCGGAACGAUCGCAGCGCUCUUUUAUGCUAUCUUCUAUGUCCUCUUGGAGCCUGUUGCUGGCACUCUAAUCGCACCACUCCUACUCGGCGCUGCAGCCUUGGGUAACCGCCUCAUAGCUACUUAUGGAAUGACAGUCAACUACUGGUUUGGUGGGAUUCAUGUGGUAUCCUGGUUGUUGCAGUUUGUCGGCCACGGUGCCUUCGAAGGCCGUGCCCCAGCGCUGUUAGACAACCUGGUUCAAGCUUUGCUCCUUGCGCCUCUCUUCGUGUGGAUGGAGAUCCUCUUCUUCUUCGGUUAUCGCCCAGAGCUGAGGGCACGAUAUGAGGCUAGUGUGAAAAAGGAGAUCGCAGCGUUCAAGGAAAAGAGAAACAAAGCGUUGAAAUAA